CGUUCGCCUCCCGUCAUUACUGGCUCCGGCAUCGUAGGUACCACGUCUUCAUCCGUUGCCUGUGCCUGCGCCUGCGCCUGCCUGCACAUUUCCAUUAAACUUCAAGUUGGCAGAGGCUGGCAUCAUUCGACCUUGGUACAAAUGACAAUGGGACUUCCAAUGGAUCCGAAUAUUGCCGAAAUUCACGUCCCGAGUGGACCAACAUCCAUUCAUCAACCAGAGUCAUUCGAAGGCCUUAGCUUACAACAACUGAUCGCCCGAAAGGAUAACGUCGAGGCAGAGUUGAAAGCACUAGGGGCAGUCUUAGACAGCCAUGGCGUCAAUAUGAACACAAGUCUCACUACUUUCGACGGCUAUCCUAGGUCAGACAUAGACGUGGCACAAGUUCGAGUUACUAGAGCACGCAUCAUCGUCCUGCGCAAUGACUGGAAGGCCCUGAUGGACAGAAUUGAGAAAGGCCUUCAUGAACAUCACGCUAAAUAUCAGGCAUCAGAAGAAUACAAAAAUUCUCUUACCGCUCCCCAUCCUGAUUCGACUCCUGCAACGCAAUAUACCCCUACCGCUCCCGAAACACCUUUUGCGAAAGUCAACAGCGUCGAGCCUGGAAGUCCUGCGAAUGAGGCCGGCCUCAAGCCUGGAGACUUGAUACGAAGAUUCGGAAAUGUCAUCUGGUCGAAUCAUGAAAGGCUGCGCAAGGUCGGGGAAAUUGUAGGCCAGAAUCUCGGUCGGCCCAUUGUGGUCAAAGUUGCCCGAGGAACCGGUUCAGACGUGCAAGAGCUAGAUCUGAGACUGACGCCGAGACAGAACUGGGGAGGUAGAGGCACACUGGGUUGUCAUAUUGUCCCAAUCUGAUAUAUGCUGUUGAUGGCAGAUCAACGCACCCCACUACAUUAUUUUGGACGAAACGGCCCUGUGCCGAAGUCAACAUCGGAAAAAAUGCUACUCCCUCUGCAUAGUAGGAAGUGGCCAAGCCGAUCCGCAAGAAUAGGCUGCUCAAGGUUACAGCCUGGCCUAACAGAUGCCCGAGAACAUCAUGCUUGGACCAGUAGUGAUGAAUUUGUCCAUGUCACUGUUCUGGGCUAGGCAUUCCCAAAAGGACUCUCACAGGAGGGCAUGAUCCGAGCAGACUUGAGCACAAGCAGGAUGCACGCCAGAGGACAUGACGAGGAAUGACAUGGAGACAGGCACUUUGUACGAUGCUGUACCAAUAAUAUUGCUAAUUCGACAUCUUAUAACCAUAGGAUGUAUUUGAGUAUCUACUGUGUA